AUGGCCCACGACCCACCCUCGACCCCGCCGAGGUCAAGGACGGCCCGCUCAACCUCCAUCUCCACCCACUCCCCUCUCCACUCACCCACCCACACCCUCUCCUACCGCCUCUCGCCGCGGAAUCGCACGCGCAGUACACUAUCGAUUCAAUUUCAGAAUGGCGGCGUGAAGGAGAAGAGCGGAGGGAGGGAGAAGAGGGGUGGGAGAGGCGACCGGGCUGGUGAGCGGAUUUGGGAGUUCGUGAGGAGACGAUGGACGGUGGUUGUGCUGCUGGCACUUGCAGUCGCUGUCACUCUCUAUGUACUUCUGCACACGCAGAAGCGGCCACCUCUGAUCAUCCCAAAACGACCUUACACUCUGCAAGAGUACCGCCACCUCGACCAUUCUCUACCCAUAUCCCUUCGCCCCGCGACCCGCAUCCUGCACGUCACGAAAGAGUUUGGGCCAGCGACAAUGGGCGGACUAGGCGUUAUGCUCACGGCGCUCUCGAUCGCGCAAUCCGACUCGCCCCUCCUAUCUAUCGCCGUCGCCCUACCACACUACUCCUACCUCCGCGACCGCUACUCGGCAGACGAGAUUCGCCCCUUCGCGAACCUCACCAUCCCAAUCACGACCCACCCUUCCUCACCCUCUCGACCCGCCAGACACAUCCGCGUUCCCGUCUCCCUCCUCCGAUGGUCCUACACCCCCUCACCCGAUUUCCUCCACACCCCCUCUCCCGCGGACGAACCCAUCUCGGACCCACCCGCACGCACGAUCGACAUCUACCUCCUCGGACCUAGCGACUCUCGCCCUUUCUCCGCCGCGUUCAGAGCGAAAGACGAAGGCGAUAUUUAUUCGGCGUGCAAGCCGCUCAAACAGGAGUGGAAGGAUCUGUAUUUCGCGAGGGCCGCGGCAGAGUUGGUUGCGUACUUGGGGGCCAAGGACGAGGCGACGGUGUUUGAGGACGACGACCUACCGCUCGACGACAACGACGAGCCUACGCCUGGCUUGAGCGCGAAAAGGCGAGUCGAUGUCGUUCACUUGCACGGUGCGACGAACGCCUUUGUCGCGCAUUUCUUGCGCGAGAGGGAGAAGGAGGAACGACAUGUUCAGCGACUGCAGAGUCGUCAUCCGGCGAUUGUUUACACGUUGCAUGACUCGCUCGACGAGGUCGAGUACUCAAACCUCGUCGAAAACGUCGUGCAUUUCCUCCCGCCCGCUCCCGCUCCGACACGCUCGAACGACCUCGAUGACACUCGCAGCGCCUCGCACCCGCUCGCCCGCCUCCAACCGUACAUCUACCGCUCGGGGACGCAACUCUUCGCCUCGGCCCUCGGCAUCGACCUAGCAGACAUGACGACCUUCGUCUCUCGCUCCAUCGCAGCCGACAUCGUCUCAGGCCGAUUCCGCUUCCACCUCCAGGACCUCGUCAUGCCCUCUAUCGCGCGCCGCGCGGCGAAGGGCGAGUUUGUGGGCGUCACGAACGGGUUGGACUUCACGGAGAGGGAGCGGAAUCCGUUCACGAGUCCCAAACUCGUCGAGCGGGGGUUGGCGUUCCCUCGCGUACCAGGCGGCGACUUGUUCGAUCCUUCGACGUUCCCCUCGUCGCCGGGGGAUCCCUCCUUCGUGUCGUCCAAACGCCGCGCCCGCGCCUUCCUCGUCUCGCACCUCCCGCAACACUUCUCCCCCACCGACCUCUCCCAACCCUGGUUCGUCUUUAUCGGCCGCUACCAAUACAACAAAGGCUGUCAAUUCUUCUCCACCCUCCUCGACGAACUCGCGCGCUCGCCUCAGGGAGGGAGACUGAUCCUCCUCGGCGCGAGGAACAACUACCCUUUCUCUUUGCUCACCAACCUCGCGCGCGCGUAUCCCUCCCACCUGACGCUGAUCGACGACCGCUCCCCCUCGACAUCCUCGUUCCAGCGCGACUACGGCACCUUGGUCCGCCUCGCGAGCGACUUUGCGUUCGUACCCAGCUUGAGCGAGGCGUUUGGGCUCGUCGCGGCUGAGGCGUUGUUGUUUGGGAUGAGGGUGGUUAGUACGGGUGUGGGAGGGCUGGGGGAGUUUCUCGUGCCCAUCCCUGAGCAAGAGGAGGAGGAAGAGGGGGAGGGGAGGGGGAACAGCUACUUGUUCGACCUUUUCCCCCGUCGCACGAGCGGCGAGGAAGAGGUCCCGCAGACGCAAGGAGCGGAAGAAGACCACUCUCGCUCCGCGCAAGACGUGCGACCGGACGAGGAGAUGCUCCUUCCUGCGCGGGAAGAGCUGCGCAAGGCUGUCAGGCGGGCGUUGAGCGGUUGGGAGCGCGACAGGACGAGGUCGAUGAGGGAGAGGGAGAGGAGUGUGAGGAGGUUGGUUGGGAGUGCGUUGGAGUUGAGGUGGGAUAGGGAGGGCGGGCCUGUUGAGGAGUACAUCCGCGUCUACGACCGCGCACUCGACACACGUCGUCGCCGCCUCGGCCUCCCUCGUUCCGUCCCUUCUCCUCUCACGCCCGAACGCGCUCCGACUCGACACGACGAGCAGCCUCACCGACGACACUCACGCCUCGAAGGCGUCGUCGAGAUGAUUCGACAGAGGGGGAGGAAGGCGCGAGGGAGCGAGGGAGACCACGGCGGGGGCGAGGCGCGGACGGCGGCAGCAGACAACGCAGGACUGAGUCUCCCGAUCUUCAAGGUGUGGGACGAGUCUACGGCCGUGCGCGCGUCACGGCCAAAACCCAAGGCCAAGACGAAGGGGAAGGGUCAGGGGAAGGGCAAGGCGGGAAUGCGAGUGUGCGUGGCCGGAGAAGCGAGGAGGGCAGCGGGCGGCGGGAAGGGCGGGUCGUAA